AUGGGGAACGACGGCCUUCUCUUCGCCGACGCGCUUUGUAUUGACCAGGCUUCGCCUCCAGAACUUCAGAAGCAGCUCCCGCUAAUUCCCAUGGUCUAUGAAAAGGCUGCUCAGAUCAUAGUCUGGCUCGGCAGAGAUGGCCGUCGUCCUUCUCGUCGUACCCCGGUUCGUUCCGCACAAAGAGUGGGGAUCGGCCUCCACGAACUACAACCCCACGUUUUGCGACACAUUACCAGCAAUCCCUACUGGACGCGACUAUUUGUGGUGCCUGAGCUUAUCCUGGCU